AUGGAACAAUUAUUUUAAGGUGGUUGUCAUUGUUGCAAAGUAUUAUUCGAAUUCAAUGGACCUCUUGAAAUGGAAGUAAUCUAGUGUAUUUGUUCUAUUUGUCGUAUGAAACAAAACCAUCAUGUUCUAAUUCCUCAGUCUAAGUUCAAGUUGUUGACAAGCAUGGAAGAACUUAGUUUAUACACUUUUAAUACCAAACAAGCUAAACAUUACUUUUGUAAGACAUGUGGAGUGCAAUCCUUUUUUUAUCCAAGAUCUAAUCCAAACAUGGUAGCUGUAACAAUUUAUUGCUUGCAACUACCACAGAAUGUCAAGCUAACCAAGGUCACUCAAGGACUCGAAUAAUCCAUUAAAACCAUGGUUCAGCCAUGA